GAAAGUAAAUCGGACCCGGACCGUCUUUAUUGUUUAUCCGGAAGUUAGGUAAACAAAACAGGACGGAAUGUUAUCAUACUGGAAAUUCUAAAUAAUCAUGUCUACGACCCUCUCAAAAUUUCAAGGAACGCUUGUAGGGGCUGUUGUUGGUGACUGUAUUGGUGCCAUUUUUGAAAGUUUGUGGGCCAAAACAAUUAACCCUAAAAAAGUGAUUGGAGCGAUAGAAAAUUUGGAAACUGCCAGUCAAGAAGAAGAUAAUCACAGAAUAUACAAGUUUACAGAUGACACUGCAAUGGCCAGAUCAGUAGCCAAGUCUUUGGUGAUCAAUGAGGGAUUUGAUGCAAGUGACAUGGCUGAAAGAUUUUCUGAGAAUUACUUUGAUGAACCAGACAGAGGUUAUGGUGGAAAUGUAAUCAAUGUUUUUUCACAGCUUAGAGAAUCCGAUUAUAAGGAUGUGUUUGGACCAGCAAAGAAACAGUUUGGUGGUUCAGGGUCUUAUGGAAAUGGUGGUGCCAUGAGAAUAGCUCCAGCAGCAUUAUUUUCAUUCAAAGAUAAUGACCCAGAAAAGUCAAAAGAUCUAGUUACACAAAUUACAAGUAUAACACACACUAAUAACCAGGCAAUUCUUGGUGCCAUUCUCCAGAGUUAUGCUGUAGACAUGGCUUUAAACAGUUCUAGCUCAUUUUCACCUGAUGAAAUGGUAGAUGCUCUUAUAACACUGAUGAAAAUGGUAGAAGAGGAUCCAAAUGAGACAAAUCAAUCAUCGGAGGGACCUCAAAAGGAAGACAAGUCAGAGCAGAAACUAAAAACAUAUGUUGAAAAAUUGGAAUUAAUCAAAAUGUAUUUAAAUCAGGAAGAGCAACCAACUCAACUGACAGUUCACACUGAAUUAGGUGCUGAAAUCUCAGCAUUUGAAUCUGUUCCUGCAGCAGUGUAUUCAUUUCUUCGUUCACAGAAAGACUUUGCAGAUUUAAAGGACAGAAAUUCCUUUGAAAAGACCAUUGUGUAUGCUAUAUCAUUAGGAGGAGAUUCAGAUACUGUAGCAACAAUGGCAGGUGCUAUAGCAGGUGCUUGCUAUGGAGUUGAAUCAAUUCCAAAAUCAUGGCAGAAAUGUUGUGAAGGAGUAGAGGAUGCAAAAAAGUUUGCUGAAGGACUUUACAAAUUGUCACAAAUGUCAUAGAAACUUUACAAAUUGUCACAAAUGUCAUAGAAACUUUACAAAUUGUCACAAAUGUCAAUGAAACUUUCAGACAAAUUGUCCCAAAUGUCAUAGAAACUGAACAAAUUGUCUCAUAAGUCAUAGAACCUUUACAAAUUGUCACAAAUGUCAUAGAAACUUCACAAAUUUUCACAAAAGUCAUAGAAACUUGUGAAAUGUGUUAUAAAAUACUUUAUACUUUAAAACAGUAUAGACACAUACAUUGUACAUGUACAUGUUGUACAUAUAACAAGGGCACUGUUUUUGUCCAAAUGCAGGAAAAUUAAUAAAGUUACCUAGGAAAUAAAAAGUUUAUGAUUUUUAAGUCACCAUUGUUCAAGUGCUAGUAAAUCAAUUUAAAGUUUUUUUAAUGCCUUUUUUACUGUUAUUUCGGGAAUAUAUCUACAUUAGUUCUUCUUCGAAAAAAAACCUAAAAAUUAAAUAAUGUCAACUCAGACAAAGUAAUUAUAAAUUAACAUAUUGUUUGUGCUCUUUAAGCUAUUAAAUAUUAUAAUUUCAAAUAAAAACAUUAUUUAUACAUUGUACCAGGCUGCAUUUGCAAUUGAAGUAUUGAGCCCAAAUUAAUUGGUUUAAUGUACAUGUAUUAUUGAAUUUCUAAUUCAUCCAUGGUGAUUCUAUAUUUUGAAUAAAAUCUUAUUUUUA